AUGUCGCGGCGGCGGCUCCCCGCCGCGCUCCUCGCGGCGGUGACGCUGUGGUGCACAGCAAGGGCGCCCAGCAUGGCGCCGGCGAUGACUGCAGAGCCAAAGGACUUGCUGGUGGUUGGCGCCGGUGUGCUGGGCCGCCGUGUGGCCAAGCUGUGGCGCCAGGAAAUGCCUCAGGCCAAGGUGGUGGCAGCGACGUUGACAGAGGCUCAUCAUGGUGAGCUGCGAGAGGAAGGUUUGGAGCCCAUUUUGGCCUCAGACCUCGACAAGUCCAGGCGCUUCGCCCAGGUGGUCUUUUGUGCUCCUCCCAGCAGGAGCUCCGACUACGGCGCCGCCGUCGCCGAGGCGCUGGCGGCGCUGGCCGAGGGCGGCAUGGCGGUCUUCACAUCGUCCGCGAGCGUCUUCGCCGAGGACUCGGGCCAGACCGUGGACGAAUCGGGCGCCCUGAGCGACAGCAGCAGCGCCCAACGGAUGCUGAGUGCGGAAGCCGCGGUCGCCGGCAAAGGCGCUGUGUUGAGACUGGCUGGGCUCUAUGAUUUGGACCGCGGGCCUCACAGCUAUUGGCUGAAAGUGGGAGUAGUGAAAGGCGCGCCGGCGGGAUUAAUCAACCUCGUCCACUACGACGAUGCUGCCUCUGCCGUGGUGAAGGCUUUGCAAGCGAAGAUCCGGGAGGUCUUCGUGGUGGCGGAUGGACAGCCGCUGAGCCGCCGGGAGAUCUGCGAAGCCGCCGUGGCCUCGAAGCGCUACGGGGAGAAGGCCACGAUGCCCCGCUUUGAGGCACCAGCCGAGUUGCCCAUGGGUGGUGCCAAUGGGAAACGCCUCGAUGCCGGCAAAGCGCGACAGCAGCUAGGCUGGCAGCCUCGCUAUGCCUCCUUCGCGGAAUUUAUGGCAGCGCAUUGA